CCGCGAUGACGUCAAACUAGCCCCGGCCAUGCAUGCAUAGGAAGGAAACUGGAAGUUAUCAAAUCAGCCCAUCUUGGAUGCCACGCUUAGCCACGCAAUCACCUAAUUCGACGUCAUUCAAUCUCCUGCUGCCUUUAUAAGGCUUACCACUUUCCUCGAAAGAGAGAAGCAGUCUCCUUUUUGAUUAUCAUCCUCGAGUCAAAACCAGACCUUCAUAACCGGAAAUACUCUCAUCCACCAUCAAUCAUGUCGGGUUUCAUCCACAAGGCCGAAGACGCUCUUCAUCUUCACCACCACAAGGACAAGACCGAGAACAAGCACGAAGAAGCACCUGAGCAUCCUCCCACCAUCGGUCGCGAAGGCCACGAGCACACCCACCGCUCUCACCCCCCUCAGAACAAGCAUACCCACCCCCACCCCAACGAGGAGCAGAUCGCCCGGGACGAUUUCCGCGCUGACAGAGAAUAUGACCGUGCGUUGAGGUCUCCGCACCAUGGGCCGGGAAUUGGGUUUGAGGCGUAG